AUGGAAGAUGACUACAUCCAACAAGCCAGAGUCUCCCCACACUGGGUGUCCGAGGGUAACACCUUCUGGUAUCGCCAGAACCUCCCAGCCGGUAAAUUCGUCUUCAUAUAUGUUGACGCCAUAGAGAAGCAGCGACGUCCAGCUUUUGACCAUGACAAGCUAGCAAAGGCGCUUCAAGAGGGAACCGACCAAAAAGAUGGAGAAAUCGACGCUUUCAAGCUGCCCUUCACAUGGAUCGACCUUGAAGCCGAGUCAUCCUCCGUCCGAUUUCUCUAUGAGGGAAAGAAAUGGCGUUUUGACACUGAAGCAAACCUCAGUGAAUGGGAGGGUGCGCUCAAUCUGCCUACGACGCCAUUCAUCUCCAAAGAACGUGCAUCUGUGCACUCGAACCACUCCGUCACUAUCACUUUUGUCAACAACAGCAAGGCAGACUUGAAGAAGUAUUGGAUAGACUGGGAAGGCAAGCCAGUGCUUUAUGGAGGGAUUGGAAGUGGGUUAAGCAGCACUCAAAGAACUUAUGCCGGCCAUGUCUGGAAAUUUGUCGAUGAGUCGGAGACUGUUAAGGCAAUCUACACCACACCCGAAGAGAUUGUCUCCUCUGUGAUCAUUGAUGAAAACACGAUGGAUGAGCUCGGUCCUCGGGACUCAGAAGACGGUGUUAAAGAGAGAGAUGGCGAGGAAACAAGCCCAAAGUCAGACUUGAGCGAGAAGGGCCCGCCCCACCUCUUUGUGCGAGGUUUUGACCUUUGGUGCCGGAAUGCAGACAAGGAAGAGGUUCGUCUUUCAGACAACGGCGCCGAAGACAAUCAGUAUGAUGAUUCAAACAUCUGGAUAUCUUCAGACAAGAAGUUUUGUGUCGCCUGGCAAUUCGUCCCUGAGGAAGAGCACAAAGUGCACCUUCGCGACUCUGUUCCGAAAGAUCAGCUUGAGCCGAAGCCUAAAAGCAUCCGGUACCUGAAGGCUGGAGAUCGCGUCAGAGUUGAUCGUCCUCGUUUGUUUAACCUAGAAACGAAGAAAGAGGUCGUUACAGACGCUACUUUGUUUCAGAGCCCCUACGAACUUCGGAACAUAGGAUGGAGCCGUGAUUCUUCGGAAUAUCGCUUCAUAUACAACGAGCGUGGCCAUCAACGUCUACGUGUCAUAGGAAUCAACUCAGACGGCUUUGUUAGGGCUCUAGUUGAAGAGAGCAGUAACACAUUCAUUGACUACUCCACGAAGCUCAAUCGACGUUUGAUAAAAGAUACCGAUGAACUCAUUUGGGCUAGCGAACGAGACGGCUUCAACCACCUUUACCUUUUCGAUCUUCAAUCAGGGAAGUUGAAAUGUCAGAUGACAACAGGAAAAUGGAAUGUGAAAGAGUUCGUUCGUUUCGACGAGGAAGCGAGAGUGGUUUGGUUCUCAGCUUGCGGAGUAGUCCCUGAUCAAGAUCCGUACUAUACGCACUUGGCUCGCGUCAACUUCGAUGGGACGGGAUUCAAAGUGCUGACCGAUGGAGAUGGCACACACCACUGGACAAUCUCUCCGGGGCAAGGAUACUUUUUCGACACAUGGUCGCGGGUGGAUUCGCCCCCACGCACCACUCUGCGAAAGAUGGAAACUGGAGAGCUGGUCGUACAUCUCGAAGGUGACGAAGGGGAUUCUCAUCGUUUAGAAUCAGACGGCUGGGUAGUACCUGAAAGAUUUAACUGCCCUGGGCGGGACGGCGAAGAGUCUAUCUACGGUAUGAUUGUUCGCCCUCAAGAUUUUGAUCCCAAGAAAAAGUACCCCAUUCUAGAAUCCGUCUACGCAGGCCCGCAUGGGUUUCACGUACCAAAGGAAUUCAGUGCCCUGCGUUCGCGCCGACAGUGGGCAGAACAGGGGUAUGUUGUCGUUCAAAUUGAUGGCAUGGGAACGAAUUGGCGAUCAAAAAAGUUCCAAGACGUUAGUUGGAAAAAUCUCAAGGAUGCCGGGUUCCCUGACCGCAUAGCCUGGAUCAAAGCUGCAGCAGAGACUCGGCCAUGGAUGGACACGAACAGAGUUGGGAUCUUUGGGGGAUCGGCAGGCGGACAGAAUGCCGUGGGGGCACUUCUGUUUCAUGGCGAUUUCUAUAAAGCAGCCGUCGCCGAUUGUGGAUGCCACGAUAACAGAAUGGACAAGAUAUGGUGGAGCGAGCAGUGGAUGGGUUAUCCAGUCGACAAGGCAUACGAGGAUUCAUCGAAUGUGGUCCAUGCUAGCAAAUUGACGGGAGCGCUGUUACUAAUCGUUGCAGAGAUGGACGACAACGUUGAUCCCGCGUCGACUCUGCAGUUGGUGAAUGCUUUGAAUGAUGCAGACAAGGACUUUGAGUUACUCUACAUGCCUGGAGCUUAUCAUUGUUCAGGCAGGACCAAGUAUGCUCUGCGGCGGCAGGAGAAAUUCUUCAGACAACAUCUGCAAGCCUCGCAGUAG